UUCUUAUUAAUAGACCAAAUCAUCCUUAAUAUUUUAAUAGGAACUUUCUUAUCGGAAACUUCCCUUCAGGUGCUGCGGCCCAUCCCAUCCUUCUUCCUCUCUGACCACUUUUGCGAUUUUUGACCCAACGACCACUAUCUAUUUGGACAUCGAUUCUAUCUUCCGAUCAGAUUCGAUAAAGAGGGGCUGUGAGGAGCUUCUUGGGUUCUGAUUGUGAUUGAAGUUCGUUUUUGGAGGGGUGGAAGAAUCCCUCCUAAGAGUUGAGUUCGAUCUUAGAAGUGUUGAUUCCAGUUCAUCUGGUGUUAGGGUUUUUUUUAUCUUUCUUUUCUUGUUUUCCGGCGGUUUGCGAAUCAAAGUGUAGAGAAAUGAGGGUAUCUAAUCGCUCUCAUAAUGAUUUUAGUGAUACUAGAUGGCCUCCCGGAUUCCGAUUCCAUCCCACCGAUGAGGAGUUAAUACUCUAUUAUCUGAAGAAGAAGAUCCGUCGCCGUCGCCUAGCUCUCAACGUUAUUAGAGAACUUGACGUUUACAAGUGCGAACCCGAAGAAUUGGAGGGUCAAUCGUUGUUAAAGACUGGUGACAGACAGUGGUUCUUCUUUAGCCCUAGAGAUAGGAGGUAUCCGAAUGGGUCUAGAAUGAAUAGAGCAACCAGGCACGGCCACUGGAAGUCGACUGGUAAGGACCGUGAUAUCACCUGGAAUGAUAGGAAAGUUGGGGUGAAGAAGACUCUGGUUUUCUACCAAGGGCGUGCUCCUAGUGGUGAUCGUACAAAUUGGGUGAUGCAUGAGUAUACCAUGGAUGAGGAGGAGCUCAAGAGAUGCCAGGAUGUGAAGGAUUACUUUGCGCUUUAUAAGGUUUUCAAAAAGAGUGGAUCUGGUCCCAAAAAUGGCGAGCAAUAUGGGGCACCAUUCAGGGAAGAGGAAUGGGCUGACGACGAUGAUCCUGUUGAUGCGGUGCAGCUGCUUAAUGUAAUGCCUUCCGUUGAUAGCUUCACAAUUCAUGAUGAAGGUCAGCUAGCAGAGAACGGUAGAGAAAAGAUUUUAGAGCGAAUUGCGGAUGACCCCAAAGUUGAUCAACCACAAAUUGAUGAGUUUGCGGAUGACCCCAAAGUUGAUCAACCACAAAUUGAUGAGUUCGCUUACUUAUUACACCAGUUUGAUGGUGAAGAAGAAACCCUGAGUACUAUGGUGGAUCCAUCAGUUGGGGAAGCCAUUUCUACCGAACCAAGAAUAGUGGUUUUGCAUCCUGGUGGACAGCAAUCUGUUGCACAUGCUAGCUAUGAGGUCACGCUGUCAAAUACCUCUAAUAUGCAGUCAUGCGAGGCACCUGAGGUCUCAUCUGCUCCCACUAUUUCUGAACAGGAUCAACAUGUAGUGGUGGAUGAUUUCUUAGAAAUGGAUGAUUUCUUAGAAAUGGAUGAUCUCGGGGAUCCAGUACCUAGCUUUCUAGAAAUGGGGAAUGCUUGCGACAACUUGCAGCUUCAGAAAACAAAUGGAUUGGAUGGACCUUAUCCUUACUUUGAUGCAGACGUGUUGCUUCAAGAGCUGGGGCCUUUUGAUCAGAGGAUGACGUCCCAAUCAUAUUUUGACACACUCGAGGGUGACAUGGCAAGCGAGUUGAAUUAUCAGCUGUCGUCGCAGCCAAAUGACACAAAUAACUUAAACAGUGGGCUGUGGACAUAUGACCAGAGAUCCAGCUUAUUUGAAUCACCUGGAUCUAAUCAAUUGGUGGUUGAUCAGGGGAUGACAUCACAAUCAUCUUUAGACACACUCCAGGGUGACAUGGCAAGUGAGUUAAAUUAUCAGGCUCCCCAAUCAGAUUAUACAAAUAACGUUAGUAGUGAGCUGUGGACACACGAGGAGACAUCCAGCAUAAAUUUAUUAACUGGAGUUAGUCAAGGGUUGUAUGAUUCGCCAACUCCAGGUCUUCUACAUGCUGGUAGUUCUCCAAAUCUUAUUGCUGAAGCUAGACAGAAUGAAGGUGGCAAUCAGGUUGAACAUCAAGAAUCUUGGAUCAGUUCUAAAUUCUGGAGCAUUUUGGAGACAAUACCAGCUACUCCUGCAUCUGCCUCCGAGAGCCCCUUAAUAAAUCAGGCAUUUGAGCGGAUGUCGAGUUUUAGUAGGAGGCGAAUCAAUGCCAAUAGCGUGGAUGUUGCUGCUGCAGGAGGCACCCCCAAUGUGAGGAGGGGAGGUGGAAGUAGGGGUAUUGGCUUUCUUUCAUUUUUUGGGGUGAUGAGAGCUGUAAUAUGCGUGUUGAUGCUGAGUACAACUGUGAAAGUUCUCUCUACUUUCUUGGGGAGAUUUUUGUCAUCGUAAAUAUGUAAAGAAAGGAUGUAUCUUCUCUCUGUUCAUGGGUUCUUUGCAGGAGGAGGUUAAGAAAACUUAGUUCACGAGGUUUGAAAAUAAAUAAUUUCAACAUAGAGUUGAUUACAGAAAGUGAUUAUGUUUUGGUUCAGCCACAACUAGUUUGCCAUGAUUUCCCAUGGCAGCUUUACUUGUUUCCAUGUAAAAUAUUAACAUGUAAAACUCACUUGGAAAAUUUUAUAUGGAUUAUUGACAUGUUGAGAAAUGUUCAAAUGUUUGCUCUAGGUGGCUAAAUAUUA